AACAGGCAUUACCUCCGACGUCACCACCAACGCCCGGCGUGCUUCCUACCUAGCUUGAUCUCUUACUGCCAUGUCCGAGCCGGCAAGGACAGACAGAGAGCUCGAUGCGUUUUUCAACUUUUUCGCUACUUUCUCCUUGUCUCGACCAGUCGCGACCGCUGCCGACCUCAGUGAUGGCGCGCCUUUGUUCGAGAUUCUCUCGUUGGUUGAUGCCGACUACUUCCGGCAAUCCUCACGACAGCCGGCACUAUCAGAGAACUGGAUUCUACGCUUUGGCGCCCUGAAACGAUUGUAUCGUUUAAUAACACAGUAUUUCUCGGAUGUGCUACAGAAACCAACGGGCAGUCUCGACGUGCCUAAUCUUUCGGCAAUGGCCAAAGAUCACGACGUUACCUCAAUCCUGAUUAUGUGUCGGUUGACUAUUGCAAUUGGCGUGCAGUGUGAGAGGAACAAGGAGUUCAUUGAGAAGAUACAGGGUUUGAGCGAGGUGGACCAGCAUACGCUUAUGAAGGCUAUUGAGCAGGUGAUGGCUCGUAUAUCGAACAGCCCCGACGGCCACGAGCGGUCGGAGGCCAGUAUGACUGAAGACGAUCACUAUUAUCGAAUUCAAUCCGAACGGAGUCAAAUCCUGUCAGAAAAAGAAACACUAGAAAAGGUGUACCAAACUCUCCUUGACGAGCACCGUAUAUUGCAAACCAACUACGACGACGUUGUCUCCGAGAAGGAUGACCUGCAAACACGGCUGCGAGAAGCAAGACAUGACGCGGAGUCGCGACGUAACGACAAGGCAGAUAGUAUGAUGAAGGCUGAAAUAGACAGACUUCGUGCUGAGCUACAAAAGAGUGAAGACAAUCUGGCUGUUGCAGAAACAGAGCUCGACAGGCUGACCGCGUUUGUGACUGACCUCACAAAGAAGCUGGAAGAGCUGCAAAUAAGGGCGGACGAAUCAGACCGGCUGAAGGAUCAAGUAGAUGAGUACAAACAUGCAUCGGACAAGUUAAGGAAGACCGAAAAUGUCAUGGAGAAAUACAAGAAGAAGCUGCAGGAGGGAGCAGACCUUCGUUUGCAACUCAAGAAUCUUGAACGUGAAAAUGCCAAUCUGAUUAAUACGAACGCGUCGCUGGAGGAAGAGAAUCGGAAAGCCUCCACAUAUAAGCCCCUUUUAGACUCUUAUAAGACCCAAGUGUCGGAAUUAGAGGCGAAGGUAUCCGCGCGCGCCCAAGAGAUCAACACACUCGCGUUUGAGUUGGAACAGACCAAGGAUAAGGUCAAGAGACAAGAACAAGAGAGGGAAAAGGAUCAGGAAACGCUGGAUUUAUAUCAGGAGCGUGUUCUGGAGCUGGAGCUGUCUUCACACCGACCUGUUGCUAAACCUGAGCGGAAAGAAACAUCUGACAGCUCGUUUGCAGAAGCUGAGUUACAGGGAACUGUCAUAGGCCAAGACGAUGUUGAUCAGGGGUUGGGAGGAGAACUCGACGACGCAAUUACAGGGACAACGAUGACUGAUUUGAAGUUGCAGAUACGGAAGUUGAAGCGGGAGCUGGAAGGUGUGAAGAAGAACGAGGCGGAUGCCAGUCGGGUUCUGGUGCUCGAAAACCUGUUAGAGGACGCUACGCGGAUGAAGGCUCGAUAUGAGAACGAUUAUCUAGCUGCUCAUCGCGAGAAGCUAAUGUUACAUAGAGAUCUCGAAGAAAUUCGGAGCGGCAAGUCCAUGGGUGAUGGUGCCGAGGCUGCCAUCGCUCUUCGUCAGACACUAAAUGAAACUGUAGAGCAGCUGGAUGCUUUGCGUAAGGAGUUCGCUGAGCUCGAAGUCAAAUUCGAGACUCAGAGUAGGGAGCUCACUAUUGCGAAGUCUGAUCUCACCCUUGUGAACAAGGACCAACUCGACAUACUCGCGACUCUACGAGACUCUGUCAACGAAGACAAGGUGGCGCUCGAAGCCGACGUGGAACAGCUACAGAAGCAGAAUAAGGAGCUUUCCGAUAAGAACCGCAUGCAGCUGGAGCAGGUCAAUGCGCUCCUGCUUGAGAAAGUCACUUUGCAGAGUGAGGGUAUCGGCCAGAGGGAGAAGAUGCUACAGCGCGAACGUGACUUUGGGGACCUUCGUGCGUCGAUAUCUGGCAAGGAUCUUCCGGAUGACAUCAAGUCUCGUCUACUGGCUCUGCACGAGGAGAAUGUUACCUUAAAAGAGUCGUUUAAGACUUCACAGGAGAAAUUGCAGAAAGCCAGACAAUUUAUCAAAGAACAGGAUAGGCUCUUCAAGGAAGAGCACGCUUCCAAGGCAGGGUCAUCCUCGGCAACUUUCGAAGAAGCUGAGGCAAGCUUCCGGUCCCAGAUUAAGAUUCUAGAGGAGGACCUUGCCCGUCAAAAACACCUAAUGCAGGAAUUGACACGUCGAUACCGGCGAGAACAAGAUCUCAUGAUGAGUUCGUUGCAUGCAAUGGGCAUGAAGACAGCUCGUUCCCACCUUGCCGUACCACCGAAGUCUCGACCUGAGUCUACAAGCUGGCUCAGCAAUCAACGAGUACAACGAAACCCCGUACUACAGCGUUGAUGAUUGCACCGUGACACACUGCUUUGCUUCUUGUUCUCCUCUAGUGGAACCUUAUUCUUUCAAGUCUCGCAUCUAGUUCUAUACCCUUGCACGCAUAAUUGUACCCCAUUGAUGUAUUUACGACCAGUCAUUGAUUAUUUAGACUUGUUCUUGAGGGCCUGGGACAUCGAGAUGCAACUUGAAGAAUAGAUAUGAG